CUUUGUCUAGUUGUGGCAGCAUUUGUCAGAACAGCAAGAAGUGGCUCAUUAGAUGCCAAACAGAUGCAUUUAGCCCAAGCCAAAAUGAAACUGAGUGUGCUGAUUGUUUUAAUUUUUGUGUGUUUUCAUAAAUUAUUGGGUGUUUUUUCAGAAACAGAAGUUCAGGAAUUGAGAGUGGAUGUGGACUUCCCUGGUAAUGAUAUUUUACAGCUCUACUCUCCAGAUGUAAAUCACUGUCAGCUUGCCUGCACACAGCACCAUUCCUGUCGCUUUUUCACCUUCUCGAGGCCUGAUUGGGAGGACCACAGGCAAUUCGUCUGCUACCUAAAGCACACAGAAUCUGGAAUCCCAUCUGUUGUUGUAGACCUAAAAGGAGUGACCUCAGGCUUCUCACUUACCCGCCAGGAGUACAAAACAUAUAGCUGCUUGUCCUCUAUAUAUCAGGGUGUAGAUUUUAGAGGAUCAGACUACCAUGAAUUAAAGUUAAAUAAUUAUAAUGAAUGCCAGGAGAAAUGCACCAAUGAUUCAGACUGCCAGUUCUUUUCAUUUGUAACUGAGAAGUUUCCAUUACCAGAAAAAAGGAGAACAUGCUAUUUAAAAUAUAGUUGGACUGUUCCAAUACCGCCACAAAUUGUACGCACACCUGGCAUUGUAUCAGGUUUCUCACCUUCAUGGUAUAAGAUUAAAGAAACUACAAAUGGAUGUAGCGGAGAAAUCCAUGCCAACACAGACUUCCCUGGUAAUGACUUCCAAGAGAUUUCUUCUGUCUCAGCUCAACAUUGCAAGUUCCUGUGUAGCAUACAUCCCCAGUGCAACCAUUUCUCAGAUUCCAGUGAACCCUGGUAAGUGUCGAAGACAUGGUUUGAUAUGAUUUGUUUUCUAAAGUAUAAGCAAAAUCUAAACCAGAUUAAGUCUGUUCAAAAAGAUCAAGUACAUUCUGGAUAUGCAUCACGCAACUGCAAGCCUUCAUAUGAUUGGACAGAAACACGCUAUGAAGACAUUGACUUCAAUGGCUAUGAUAACCUUGAUAUUUCAGUGGAUAAUUAUGAAAUCUGCCGUGACAUGUGCAUAACUAACCCAGAUUGUCAAUUCUAUAGUUAUGUCUCAUCAUCUUACCAUCAUUCCUACAGAAAUUGUUUCCUGAAGCAGGUAAUGACUUUGCCCAAACCAGAGAAAGUGGUGUCCAAUCCUGAUAUCAUAUCUGGCUUUUCACUAAGGAACUGCAAGGCCAUUGAAGAUGAGCCUUCUCAAGACUUUGGCAUAAUUAUUGGAGGUGUAAAUACAUUACCAGGUAAAUGGCCGUGGCAAAUAAGCCUCCAAAAGGGCGGUAAACACAUAUGUGGUGGAUCAAUCAUUGCCAGCCAAUGGGUUAUUACUGCAGCACACUGUAUCACACAGCCAUACACACAGCUUUCUGUUCGGACUGGGUUGACUAAACUAUCAGAGAAAGGUACAGGGUAUGAGCUGGAAAACAUCAUUAUCCAUCCUCAGUAUAAUGAAAAUUCUUUAAUCAAUGAUAUUGCGCUAUUAAAAACAAACAAACCAAUUACAUUCAGUGAUUAUGUACGUCCAGUUUGUCUAAUGGAAGCUAAAAAUGAGCCCAGUUUUUUGGGGAAGAAGUGCACUGUGACUGGAUGGGGAAGGCUUUCGUCAGGCUCAUACACAGACGUGCUGCAGGAAGCCCAGAUGCCUCUAAUAGGUUUUGAGAAUUGUGCAAGUUUGUUAGCUAAUGAUGGUUUGGAUAUUAAAGUUCUGCCCACCAACCUGUGUGCUGGGUACCCUGAGGGUGGAAUAGAUACAUGUAAGGGGGAUUCUGGUGGUCCACUGGUUUGUAAAGAUGAGGACAUGUGGUAUCUCGCUGGGCUGACCAGCUGGGGAAUAAAUUGUGGACAGCCCAACAAACCCGGUGUGUACACUCGUAUUUCCAGCUAUCUGCAAUGGAUCAGAAAUGCAAUUGCAAAUGGUAAAAACAAAAUGGUAAAAUUGGUAAAGUCAUGAAAAAUGUAUGUGUAAUGUACACCAAAACAUAACAUUAUGACCACCUUCCUAACUGACUGGUCUGCAGACUGGGAACACCCCACAAAAGCUGCAGUUUUGAGAUGUUCUCACCCAGUCGUCUAGCCAUCACAAUUUGGCCCUUGUCAAACUCGCUCAAAUCCUUACACAUUUUUUCUGCUUUUAUCACAUUAACUUUGAGGAUAAAAUGUUCACUUGCUGCCUAAUAAAUCCCACCCACUAACAGGUGCCAUGAUGAAGAGAUAAUCAGUUUUAUUCACUUCACCUGUCAGUAGUCAUAAUGUUAAGCUUCGUCGGUGUAUGUGUUCAUGGCAAACAUCAUGUUACAUUAUGCUACCAUACUAAGUAGUGUAUUGUUUUUUACUAAGCAAAAGCUUCAUUUCUGUCAUCUGACCCUAGAACCAAGUUUUAGUUAAAAUAGCUUUUAACAAAUUACAGGUUAGUAAAGACAAUGCUACACAGUUUUUACAGUUUACUGUAGAAAGAUAAUAUUUUUCUGUAGCAACUAUUUGUGUAGUCUUGCCAAAAUCAUUUGUUAGACUAGUGGUUUGGUCAUUGCUUUUGUCUGAAUUUGUGUAAGACCUUGCAUGCUGGUAUCUUUGCCUUGUCUACUGUUUUUACGUUCAUUGACCCUUGCCUGGACUUUGAUAUGUUUUUGCCAGUGCCCUUAUGAUCUGUUUCAGUAAGGCUUUCUGAUCAAUGCCUUUGUUUGUGUUUACCAUCUAUGACUAAGGCUGUUUAUCUAUCUGUUAUCAGUAUUGGUGUGAUAAGUAGAGGUCUGUAUAGGCAUUGUCUGAUUCAUGAAGUCAGACACACUUUUGUCUUACUUAAUUUGUGUUUUUUAUUUUUCUCAUGUUGAUAAGUAUAAUAGAAAAUAUGGUCUUUGUGUCAUCAUAUACAAAUCAUGUAUGACUUAAAAAGGCUAAAAAGAGAAAAAAAUAAAAAUUGGAACAUGCUUAAGUUA